AUGAAACGGCAUCUACAAACUACCAAGAGUAAUAGCGAAGAUGGGGGGAGAUGCCACAUCCCUGUAAUUCAUAAUAAUACCGAACAUGAUUGUAUUAAACCAUCAGUUUUAUUUCAGCAACCAUCAGUUUUGUUUCGGCAACCAUCAGUUUUACAUCGGCAACCAUCAGUUUUACAUCGGCAACCAUCAGUUUUACAUCGACAACCAUCAGGACCAAUCAAACAAACCAAUGAUAGCGGUGGUAUUGGUUUAAUGGCAGUUAAUUCAUUUCGCGGUAAAAACGUCAGAAUCGCUUGUAAUCAUUGUCGAAAAAAGCAUAUCAAGUGUGAUGAUAACCAACCUUCAUGUAAAAAUUGUGAGAAAAAGGGCCUCACUUGCGAACGUGAACAAAAACAACUUAAACGUGGACGACCACCUGGAUUACCUAACGGCAUGGGGAAAAAAAGAAAACAAAAGGAUGCAUCACCAUAA